GCUGGGACUACAGGCGCCCGCCACAAUGCCCGGCUAUUUUUUGGUUGCAGUUUGGCCGGGGCUGGGUUUGAACCCGCCACCCUCGGCAUAUGGGGCCGGCGCCCUACUCACUGAGCCACAGGCACCACCCAAAAAAACAAAAUUCUUUUAUUAAAACAAAUAUGGGUAUCAAAUGGGUUAUAGAUGAUGCUAACAGUCUAAGUUUCAAAAUAACAGAAAAUUACCAUCUCUGAAACACUUAGAAAAGUGGAAUAUAACUACUUGUAAGCUGAUAGGUACUCAGAAUAUUGAUACAAGAUAAAAUUCAGUCUUGAUGGUAAAAAUACCAUUUUUGAAAGGUAAACGUAACCUGCAAUUAAAGGGAAUAAAUUAUGUAUAAGCACAAAUUGUACUGUCAGAAUUUAGAGAUCAAAUGCCCUGCAAAUUAUUUCAUGAGUAAUAUUUAAUCUUGAAUAUUCAGUCAUUAAACUAUGUCAAAAAUAAUAAGAGGCUUGGCUCCUGUAGCUCAAGCUGCUAAGGCGCUGGCCACAUACAUCUGAGCUGGCAGUUUUAAAUCCAGCCUGGGCCCGUCAGACAACAAUGAUGGCUGCAACCAAAAAAUAGCCGAGCGUUGUGGUGGAUACCUGUAGUCCCAGCUACUUGGGAGGCGGAGGCAGGAGAAUUGCUUGAGCCCAGGAAUUGGAGAUUGCUGUGAGCUGUGAUGCCAUGGCACUCUCCCCAGGAUGACAGCUUGAGGCUCUGUCUCAAAAAAAAAAUAAUAAAUGUUAGAUCUUUAAGUUGUCAGACUUUUUUGUUGAAAUUCUCAAUUUUCAGCUAUUAUGAAGUAUAAUAGGAAGUUAAUUCAGGGAUAGCAUAACCACUGCUUGAAACCUAAUGCUUUUACUCCUUCAUUGUAUCUCUAAACUGCUUUUCUAAAUAAAUUCUCUGAAAACUUUUUUGUACCUAUAAUGUUAUUUGGAGUAGUUUUGGCUUUGUGGUUAGUUGUUUGGUUUUGUACAGUCAAUAUAACUAUUAUAUGUCACAGGAUGCAAGUAAAUACAUCAUUUCCAAUAUUUCAAUGUGUAUUUUAUCCCUUGCAUGUUAAAUAUUACCUAGGGAUGUAAUUGGUUACUAUUUUCAUCCAAGAUUGAGGUUGGAAUAUUUGCUGUCUUCAAUACUGUGGCCACUGUCUCCUUCACAGCUCUUACUGUUAUUUAGACUUUGUCUCUAUAUAUGGAGAACAAACUUUAAAACUAUUGAAAAGCAUAGAAUAUGAUAUUAGAGUAGACAUAAGGAUGAAAAGGAAAAGUUGUAUAUUCUAAGAUUCAAACUUUUGUUUUGAGACAGACUUGCUUUGUCAUCCUGGGUAGGGUGCAGGGGCGUCAGUAUAGUUCACUGCAACCUCAAACCCCUGUGCUCAGGUGAUUUUCUUGCCUCAGCGUUCUGAGUAGCUAUAGCUGGGACUACAGGAAGGUGCCAUGAAGAAUGGCUAAUUUUUCUAAUUUUAGGCUGGCAUUGAAAUCCUAAACUCAAACAGUCCUCCUGCUUCUGGUUCUCAGAGUGUUAGAAUUACAGGCAUGAGCCACCAUGCCCAGCCAGAUUCAAAUUUAUAUGGUAUGCAUGUCAUACAACUGUUAAAUGAUUCUAUAUAAAACAAGAAAAUUGGCUUGGCACCUGUGGCUCAAGUGGAUAAGGCGCCAGCCACAUACACCUGAGCUGGUGGGUUCGAAUCCUGCCGGGGCCCAUGAAAACAACAAUGAUGGCUGCAACCAAAACAUAGCUGGGUGUUGUGGCGGAUACCUGUAGUUCCAGCUACUUGGGAGGCGGAGGCAGGAGAAUCUCUCGAGUUCCAUGGAGGUUGGAUCGAGAACCACUCGAGAACCAGGAGUUCCAUGGAGGUUGCUGUGAACUGUGAUGCCAGGGCGCUCUACCCAGAGUGACAGCUUGAGGCUCUGUCUCAAAAAAAAAAAAAAAACAACAAAAUUAUCAAAGAUAUAAGCAGGCAGUUUACAGCUAAGUAUCCCUAUCAUUCCAGACGUUCACAUGGAAAGCUGCUCAAUCUCGCUACUAAUCAAAGAAUUGUACAUUAGAAUAACAUUGAGAUACCAUUACGCUAUGAUUGGAAAAAAGUGAAAACAUUUCUUUAUGUUGCUGAAUCUGGAGCGUUGAGCUUUCAUAUACUUUGCUGGUGGCAGUGAAAUUUAUGUUAAUACUUUGGAGAGUGGUUUAGCAAUAUCUAGUUUAUUUGAAGAUUCUUAGAAUAACCCAGUCCGUGGGUAUUACAUUCUAGAAGAAUUUUUGGCAGGUGUACUCAAGAAGAUGUGCAGAAUAUUCAGUACAUUAUUAUUUCUAAUUGUAGUAACCUGGGAUUAAUGUCCAUUAGAAGAUGGGUAAAUAUACUUUAUGGUGGGUGGUCAUUAAAAUGAGUUAAUGCAGAAUGAAUUAACGUAUUGACUUGGGUACGUGUCCAGGAAGUGGUCAUACUACAGGUAAUUUAGCUAGGAUCAUGAAGUUAAGUACUGGUCAAGUUGCAAUGUUUUGUGGUUUUGAACUUUAAAUGAGAUUAUACCUUUCUCUGUACUUUGGUAUUUCUACAUGUGGUGUAAUUAAAACCAGAAAAUGUACAAAAGGCUCAACAGCCAAAAACAGAUGAUAGGAAUGGCAGGGUUUAUACAUGAACGUUGGAUUUUUCUUUGAAUCCAAUUUGUACCACUUAAUUUGCAGAAGACAUUUUAGGAAAGGUAUACAAAGGCCAAGAUGACCCAAGGGAAUUACCAUGAAUCAGUUGUAAACAGACAAAACUAGUAGGAAGUUGCUUAACUGAGGCAGUUUAAUUGAAGGACAAAGGUUUAGUUAGCAUUAUGAAUUCACAACUCAUAAAGGGGUUUGCAGAGUUUGAUGUCUCUUACUUAGCUGAUUGUACCUGUUACUAAUUCAUAAUAGGGUUACCUCUGGGAAGGUGGCUACAAAAGACAUCAUUAAGGCUUAUAAUCUGAGGUCUCUUCUUUUCCUCAGCUUCAUUUUUUUUUUUGGCUGGGGCAGGUUUGAACCCUCCACCCCGGUAUAUGACGCCGACGCCCUACUCCUUGAGCCACAGUCACGGAGUCUCACCAUGUCUCCCCUGGUAGAGUGCUGUAGUGUCACAGUUCACAGCAACCUCGAACUCUUGGGCAUAAGGGAUUGUCUUGCCCCAGCCUCCCAAGUAGCUGGGACUACAGGCGCCCGCCACAACGGCCGGCUGUUGCAGUUGUCAUUGUUAAGCUGGCCUGGGCCGAGUUUGAACCCGCCACUCUCCGUGUAUGUGGCUGGCGCCGUAACCAUUGUGCUACGGCGCUGAGCCGAUUCCUCUGCUUAAUUUUAAUCUACGUUCUGAGCGAUAGGAUCCAGCGUCACAGCUUAAAAGUGAUCUACCUGUGUGCUGUCGUGUAAUUGGUGGUGGUGUUCAUGUGCUAGCAAUUUUACUCUACUGCUGUUACCUGUUACUUUUCUUUGCUCAUCUUAACAACUGUCAUUUUUCUGCUUAUCUUUAUAAGUUUAAAUUCUAACAGCACACAGGUAGAUCACCUUAAAGUUGUGACACUCAAUCUUACUCCCUAAUUUCAAGUGCUGUAAUGAAUGUAUCUAGCUGGAGACAGUCUUUGUCGCCCUGGCGUCAUAGCUCACAGCAACCUCAAACUCGGGCUCAGGAGGAUCCUCUUGAACCUCUCGAAUAGCUGGGACUACAGGCGCCCACAACAGCGCCAGGCUAGUUUUUGGUAGAGAUAGGAAUCUUCCUCUUGUAAUUCCACUCGCCUUGGCCUCUCAGAGUGCUAGGAUUACAGGUGUGAGUCGCCGCGUAACGAAUGUUCAUAAUGCAGAGUCAAAGUUACAAUUUCUUUAAAUGUGUAAAGAGGAUGCCUGUGGCUCAGUCGGUAAGGCGCUGGCCCCAUAUACCGAGGGUGGCGGGUUCAAGCCCGGCCCCGGCCGAACUGCAACCAAAAAAAUAGCCGGGCGUUGUGGCGGGCGCCUGUAGUCCCAGCGGGAGGCUGAGGCAAGAGAAUCGCUUAAGCCCAGGAGUUGGAGGUUGCUGUGAGCUGUGUGAGGCCACAGCACUCUACCGAGGGCCAUAAAGUGAGACUCUGUCUCUACCAAAAAAAAAAAAAAGCUGGAAAGAUGUUUAUUCCAAGAUGGAUAAAAAAUGAAAUGGAGGUGACAGUUGUCCGACUACAGGUAUCACACACUUUCUUGGAAUUUCUCCUGAUACUUAGAAAGUCUGUGCUGCCCGCCAUAAUGCGCUUGAUUUUCCUAGAAAACACAAGAUUCACGCCCUCGCAGCCUUUAGGCGCGGGGUCUGACUGCCACAGCCACAGCCGCACUUCCCAGAAUCCUGCGCACCAGUCCCGGGGCGGCCCCCGACUGCGCAUGCGCUGUUUGACGUAGCGGCGACCGGCACCUUCACACGGAGAAUCUUCGCUGGUCCUGAAGGUGUGAAGGCGGUUUCCCGCGCUUUUUCGAAGGACGCUUCAGCAUCUGGAGACCUUGUUAUCCUAGUAUGUCUUUGUGUGAAGACAUGCUGCUCUGUAAUUAUAGAAAGUGUCGCAUCAAACUCUCUGGUUAUGCAUGGGUCACUGCCUGCUCUCACAUCUUCUGUGAUCAGCAUGGUAGUGGUGAGUUUAGUCGUUCACCAGCUAUCUGUCCUGCCUGCAACAGUACCCUUUCUGGAAAGCUAGAUAUUGUCCGCACAGAGCUCAGUCCAUCAGAGGAAUAUAAAGCUAUGGUAUUGGCAGGACUGCGACCAGAGAUUGUGUUGGACAUUAGUUCCCGGGCACUGGCGUUCUGGACAUAUCAGGUACAUCAGGAGCGUCUCUAUCAAGAAUAUAAUUUUAGCAAGGCCGAGGGGCAUCUGAAACAGAUGGAGAAGAUAUAUACUCAGCAAAUACAGAGUAAGGAUGUAGAAUUGACAUCUAUGAAAGGGGAAGUGACCUCCAUGAAGAAAGUGCUAGAAGAAUACAAGAAGAAGUUCAGUGACAUCUCUGAGAAACUUAUGGAACGCAAUCGCCAGUAUCAAAAGCUCCAAGGCCUUUAUGAUAGUCUUAGGCUACGAAAUCUAACUAUUGCUAACCAAGAAGGCACAGUUGAACCAUCCAUGAUUGCACAGUCUGGUGUUUUUGGCUUCCCAUUAGGGAACAACUCUAAGCUUUCAUUGGAUGAUACACCAGUUCGAAAUUGGGGCGGUGGGGAUGGAGAUUUUCAGUUCAGACCAUUUUUUGUGGGUUCUCCCACAGCACCUGAACCCAGCAACAGCUUUUUUAGUUUUGCCUCACCAAAUCGUGGAUUACAGCAGGAGCAAGUCUCUAGCAGGGCCUUCAAAGUAAAAAGAGUUUAGCUCACUUUAUAGAAUUUUUCUCUGCUCACUUCUAGUAAUUCCCUUUAGUAAAAAAUCCUUGUUGUAGAUAAGAAUAAUUAACUUUUAUGCUUUUAAGUCUUUGAAAUUGUCUUCAUAUUAUCAACUACAAGAAACUCUGGCUAUGAGGAAUGACUUUAGUAUCAAUCUCAAUUUUAUCACCAACUCUUACAUUUUCAUGGCUAGUGAAAAUGUCAUGAUGUUAUUGUUAUUUUGUAGAUCAUUAUUUCUGUCUGAGUUAUUUCUAACUGAGCUCUGUGUUAUGCAUAUGUACAUAGGCACUUAUGUUGUAUGUCUAAUGUCACUUUGCAUUCUGGUAUAUAUGCUCAUAUGUAUAUGUACAUGUGUUAAUUUACACUGAUAUUUUGCUGUAUUUGCUGGUAUAUUUCUGAAAAUUUUGGUCUUGGAAAAUGGUGAGUGCUUUGGCUUGAUAUUUGGGUGUGUGUCUUUAUUUGUAUAUCAACAUGUUUGGAGGUGUGCUCAUGUCUGUGAAUGAGAGUACAAUUUGAUGCUUGUAUGUUCACUCCCUAUUUGUAUUUAAAAAUAAAUCACAUUG